GACCUCAGUGGGACAGUGGCCACCUCUCGGUGUCACUUCGUUCCUUCACAAGAGGCAGGAAAUCCUCCAACAUGUGGACGUCAUCAAGAACUUCUCCUUGACCAAGAGCAGCGUUCGCAUUGGCCAACUGAUGCAUUACGACUACUCCAGCCAUAAGUACGUCUUCUCCAUCAGCAACAACUUCAGGUCCCUGCUUCCAGACGUCUCUCCCAUCCUGAACAAGCACUACAACAUCUGUGCCGUGGUUGGGAACAGCGGGAUCCUCACCGGGAGUCAGUGUGGCCAAGAAAUAGAUACGUCGGAUUUUGUCUUUCGCUGCAACUUCGCUCCAACGGAAGCCUUCCAGAAGGACGUGGGAAGGAAAACCAACCUCACCACCUUCAACCCCAGCAUCCUGGAGAAGUAUUACAACAACCUCCUGACCAUCCAGGACCGCAACAACUUCUUCUUAAGCUUGAAAAAGCUCGAUGGGGCCAUACUGUGGAUCCCAGCUUUCUUCUUCCACACGUCGGCCACGGUGACGAGAACCCUGGUUGACUUCUUUGUGGAGCAUCGAGGGCAACUGAAGGUCCAGUUGGCUUGGCCAGGCAAUAUAAUGCAGCAUGUGAACAGAUACUGGAAGAACAAGCACUUGUCACCCAAGAGGCUGAGCACAGGUAUUCUCAUGUACACCCUUGCUUCUGCCAUCUGUGAGGAGAUCCACCUCUACGGCUUCUGGCCCUUUGGCUUCGACCCCAACACGAGGGAGGACCUGCCCUACCACUACUACGACAAGAAGGGAACAAAGUUCACCACCAAGUGGCAGGAGUCCCACCAGCUGCCUGCGGAGUUCCAGCUGCUCUACAGGAUGCACGGGGAGGGACUGGCCAAGCUCACCCUGUCGCAUUGUGCCUAA